AUGCCCGAAAGCGAAUAUACCGACGACGCUUCUACCGUUGCUGCAAAGAAACGUCGCCUUCCUGGCGCUUGCGAUAUAUGUCGCAAGAAGAAAAUCAAGUGUGAUAGUGCGACCAUGCCAAGCGGUCGCUGUUCAAACUGCAUCGCAUUCGAUUCAAAAUGCAUGCACACCGAUCCUGUCAAGAAGCGUGGCCCGAAAACAAACUAUGUAGAGGAACUUGAACAACGCGUCAACAAGCUCGAGGAGAUGUUGAAGGAGCUCAAGCCGGAGGUUGUGUUACCAGAGGAUGAAGCUUUUCGGGAAUAUUCUCCGGUGCAACCACAACACAGCCCGCCAUCACUACAAUACAGCAGGGGCGAAUCAUCAAGUCCCCGUCAACUGUCCGAGCCAUCGGAUAGCGCAGAAGAUGACCUUCCGCACAUUGAGCUACUCGAGCACAUGAAACGGAUGUCCUUACACACAUUUGGCGACAGGUAUUUUGGCCCUUCGAGCAGCUUUUCGCUCGUCAAAAGCGCCAUGUCCAUAAAAACUGAAUUUAUGGGUAACGAAGCCUCCCUCUCUGUGCCAGACUAUCAUCAGUACUUUGAACUCCAACCAUGGGAGCGCGAAACCGCAGAACUAGAAACCCCUCAUUAUGUGUUCCCAGACGAUGAUCUAAUACUUUCACUCGUUGAUAUCUACUUCAACACGAUCAACAUUAUUUUUCCCAUGCUGCAUCGACCUACAUUCGACAAAAAUGUUGCCGAAGGUCUUCACUUGCGGGAUCACAAUUUUGGCGCUGCAUUGCUACUCGUUCUUGCUAUUGCUUCCAGAUAUUCUAACGAUCCAAGAGUUUACUCAGAUCCGAACGCAAAACUUUCAUCUGGUUGGAAGUUCUUUGAGCAAAUGGGAGUGAUAUACUCUCUUGGUACCUCGGUCCCUCAGUUCGGUUGGACUAUGGUUGGAAUUGGAAUGCGCUUCGCGGUCGAGAUAGGUCUGCAUAGACGUAAGCCGGAAGGGCAUCAGCUGACCGUCGAAGAUGAGCUGAAGAAAAGGGCAUUCUGGGCUCUUAUCACCCUUGAUAGGCUCAUCAGUCUAUUCCUCGGGCGACCAUCCAUAAUACGAGAUGAAGAUUUUGACCUGGAAACCCCGGUCGAAUGCGACGACGAAUAUUGGGAAAUCGAACCCAACGGAAGAGUUCAUUUUCACCAGCCCCCAAACACACCUUCAAAAAUAACAUAUUUCCGUUUGCAUCUCAAGUUGUGCGAGAUUUUAGCUUUUGUGCUUAGGACUCUUUAUUCCAUCAAAAAGUCUCGUGCCAUGCUAGGGCUUACUGGGAAGGAUUGGGAGCAACGUCUUGUCGCAGACUUGGAUUCUUCUCUGAACGCAUGGGUUGACUCCAUCCCUGAUCAUCUUCGGUGGGAUCCGCACCGUAAAGAUUCUACCUUUUUGUUCCAAUCCGCGGCUUUGUACUGCAUGUAUUACAUGCUGCAGAUACAGAUACAUCGGCCUUUUCUACAUACAGACUCUCCUCUGUCUUUUCCAUCUCUCGCCAUCUGCACGAAUGCCGCUAGAUCAUGCAGCCACGUGGUCGAUGUUCACUGUACUACAAACGGUACAGUUAUACCGCACAUUAUAAUGGGAGCUUUCGUUUCGGGAGUUGUUCUGUCUAUGAACAUCUGGAGCGGUAAACGCGCUGGCCUUUCUUUGAAUCUACAAAAAGAGCUAGCUGAUGUCGAGAAGUGCAAGGCAAGUUUGAAAUACGCCUCUGAAAGGUGGAAUAUUGCUGGUCGCCUAUGGGAUAUGCUUAAUGGGAUCUCGACUGUUGGCAAUGCGUCACUUGAGGAAGAUUCCACGUCUAAAAAGCGAGCACGGGAGAACGAUAUAUCUGUUUAUCUAACCGGACCUGCUCCUGCUGUUCGGGCGUGGGACUCGUACGAACCAAUACCGACGAGCUCGUUCAGCGCACAAAUAUCUGGUACUCAACAAUACUUCGACGAAAAUCUGACACCGUCCGCUAACCAAGUUGGAGCCAUUCAAGUUGGCGAUGCUUUCAACUUCCAGGCCUCCAGUCAUCCGGAGACGUCGUUUUCAGGGUCCUCUACAUAUUCAGACUUCGGGUUGUUGGAAGAGGUAGGAAACAAUACCAUCAACAUGUGGACUGGAGCUCCGGCAGGAUUCGACUGGGCAGAGUGGAAUACAUACAUUACAAACUUGGAACCUACUUACUUUUAG